AUGUUGCUCAACCAAGCCAAAGCCCCAGUAAAAUUCCUCCUGCUCCUCCUAGUCCUCCUCCUAAACACCAUCUCGGCCCACGGCACAAUCGAGGGCAACCUCAAGUGCGGCGUCUGGCUGGCACCCCUCGAGUCCGACACGGCAGCCAAGCGAAUCGCGCUGCACUCGGUCGCAGAGGCGGCCAUCGAUCGCCUGUGCCGUGCCGACCGGUCCGGCUGCGUGGGCUCGGCCGACGUGCUGCACAACUACUGCGCCGAGGACGAGUGGAGCGACGACGGAUCCACGCACGUCACGAUCGACCUGAUCACCAGGAAUGGGGUCAGGCAGGACAAGAUUGAUGUCCAUGAUUGUCUGGAAUUGUUUGGCAAUAUUCUUAAAGGCUGCGUUGAGGGAAAGUGGCAGGAGGGAAGUUUUACAGAGAAGAAUGGAGACAGGAUUGUCAAUAUGGUGUUUGAGCAGGACUGCGACUCCUCCCCCACUGGUUUGUGUGGAUAA